AUGGAUCGGAGCGAAUUACAUGCUAGCAGCUGCGCCUGGGAAAUAACAUACGCCCUCUCUAGUUUACACACAGGUGGCAAAGUCGUUCCGUGGCCCAUCGAGCGCCACAGUCAAGAGGGCACCACAGCGACGCCGGAGCAGCAGCGACACAGCCGCGUUCCCGAGUUUCACUCGUGGGUAGGGUUACUCACCCAGAAAGCCAAUCGAGCGCUUGGAUGCAUUCUAACUGCCGAUCCGUGCGAUGAAAGCGACGUCGACCGGACUGCGUCAGCAGAAGAGGGCGCAGGGGAAGCGCCUCCCUGCUGUGCUUCUCUACUGCCAGUCGUUGCGCUCCGGACGCUACCGCGGACUAGGGACCAGCUUCACGACACUACUCGUGCCGCUGGUUACAUUGAUGAUGCCUUUGAAGACGACGACGAUGAUGAUCUGGAUGAUGAGGCACUUACCGCAAUGGCGUGUUCACCAGACGGCGAUCAGGCUGUACUCGCAACCCGAUCGGGUUACGCGUACCUCUUUCGUGAACUCUGUCGGUACCACGAUCUCGCGGAAACGCACGUAGCGGCACGCAAGACCCCGGGAACUCGAAGCGAGCCACCGCGGAUCGAGGAACCGUUCUGGACCUGGCUGCCGUUUGGUACGGAUACCCAGGUGGUCGUAGCGUGCGAGUUCGAUGCAACUGGUCAGUAUUUGGCCGUUGCGAGCGCUGUUGGGGAAGUGCGACUCUAUUAUCUACCUACGAGGACAGUAGUCCAACGUUUCCGUUGCACCAAGGGGCACGGCAUGGUGACUUGCUUACGUUUAUUACGAGGUCACGAGGCCACAGAUACGUCGAUCGGGACGCGGUUAACCGCAAUGCCAACGGACUCGGAGAAGGAGCAGCGAAACACUGAAGCAGUGCACGGCGCAGGGGCACCAGACGAACAUGCGGUGACAGCCGCAGAUGUCAGCGCUACAGCGUCGUUGCCGGCGGUUCCCGGCAGCAUGACAGUCGACCGCUCGCAAGUCGAUGUAGCCGGGGAUCAUCCGCAGGCUUUGCUUUCGUCGUCUCGUUCGCCGUUCAAAGGAAAGAAAUCCACUACCGCUGCCUCCGAGCAGGUGCGGCAACGCGAGACCUGCGUUCCGCCGUCGCUCCCGAGGCCUUCGCUGCUGCUGGGUUGCGAGGACGGUACCAUAUGGGCACUGCCGGGAUCACCGGGAGCGCGUCCUCGCUCCGUACACGAACACACGAGUGCGGUGCUGCACCUGCAGGUGCUCGGCGGCGACCAGCACGUGCAUCCUUCACAUCGUCGGGUCAUCAGCGCAGGUCUGGAUACGUAUCUGCUCGAGUGGGAUGAACGAUUCGGACGACCGCACGGCGCCGUACCCGUAGGAGAGGCGAUCACCGCGCUUCUACCGAUUCACAGGGGAGUGCACCUUGGCGGCUGGUUGAUCGCCACCAUGAGUGGUGUCGUGUACCUGCUGCCGUUCAGCGGCGCUGAUACACCAGACGCGCACGCACGACAUCAACAAGUUGCGAAUCGAACCGCACGUUUGGUGCCGUUGUUGCGCAUGGAAAGCGGGUCUGUUCAGUUGAUCGACUCGUCACCGCAAACCCAACCAGGUACGACGUUCCCGUCGAAAUCGUCAGACGAGACGUCAUCUACCGACACGGUAACGGUGCUCGGUUUCAUGCCCUGGCCACGAUCGCAUGAAACAUCCGGGGGCCUGGCGCAGCCUGCCGGAAUAGAGCGGGUGCUCAUCACGACCUCCGAUCAAUGCCUGCACUUGAUCGAGCUCAGCGUGCACCACGACCGCCACGGCAACCGAGUCUGCCGUGCACAUGUCGUCGCUUCGGUGAUGACCAAUUUGGAUGAAGUGUACAGCCUCGCCCCGCUGCGCCUGCGUUCAGCGGGCUCACGGGCACCAGCACUGGCGUUUGCAACCAACGCCCAUGCCAUAGCCGUAGCCAGAAUCAUCGGCGUCGAUCGUGUCGAGACACUGUGUUUCCAGCGCAUGCUCAGGGGUCACUGCGACGCAGUGCUGGGCCUGUGUGUGCCUCCAGCACUGCCACCGACGUCCAAGGUGGGUCCACUUGCGUAUGCACCGGAUGCGACACUAGUAUCCGUUUCGAAGGAUACCACAGUGCGCCUCUGGGAUGUCGAUCGGGGUGUGUGCUGCGGUGUUGGACGCGGGCACACUGCAGCCCUCAGCGCUGUUACUUGUGGAUGGAUCCUGACACGUCAUCGCUGGAGCCUCUGGAUUGCCUCCGCGGGCGAUGAUGGUGCGCUGAAACUGUGGACGCCUCCAGGAUUACCAUCGGUAGCGGAUCAUGAUAAUGAUCAUGCCCUAGCUACGCAAGGCAUGCGACGGGAUGCGCCGCUCGAGUGCUGGUGCACCGUUGCACACGCCCACGAUGGCGAGAUACACUGCCUGGCAACGGCACCAAAUGCCCCGUAUCUCGCUUCUGGGUCCCAGGACAAGUCCGUGAAACUGUGGCGCAUUAGCAGCGACCCCGAUGGUAACGUUCAGGUUACCGCUUGGCGCAUGCUCAGUGGCCAUCGGCGGAGCGUUUGGGCUGUUUGCUUCGGGCACAAUGAGCCGGUGCUUGCUUCAGCGUCUGCGGAUCGCACAAUUCGCGUGUGGUCGAUAGCCGACGGCCAAUGUUUGCGGCAGCUCGAAGCUGGCGGUGCUGCCUUUUCUAGCAGAGCGCCUAACCUUGGUUCAUUUCUUUGCUGCAGCUUUUUGGCAGGCGAUUCGCGAAUCGUCGCCGGAAGUGCGGAAGGCGCCCUCUAUCAAUGGCACUGGCGUUCUGGUCAACUGCUUGGGGAAAUCUAUCGAUGUCGAUCGAUGGAAGUGCCGCAGCGGAGCAGCAGCAGCAGCAGCAUCCGUAGUAGAACGCACGAGAGCGCCCACCAGGAUCGUCUGUGGUCGUUAUUGGUGAUCGAGCACGACCUUCGAGACACUCAUCUCGAAAGCGCAAGCACCGACAGCAACAACUGCAGUCGAUGCUCGCUUCUCGUAACCGGAGGCGCUGACGGGAGGAUCCGCUGCUGGCGUGACGUGUCUGCCGAGGAGCGAGCGCGGCAGCUCGUGGAACAGGAAGCCAGGCUGCAGAUGGACCAGGAGCUGCAAAGAGCGCUUGCCAUGGGAAACUUCACCGAGGCACUCCGUGGCGCCAUACAACUCGAGCAGCCGCUGCGAGCUUUCCUCAUUCUGGAGAAAAUGGGGUCAGGAGCGUUUGCGCAGAGCCCGCUGCAGCAUAUCGCUGCUGUCGAAACGGUUGUACGAGCGUUGCACGAGCCCUCCGAGGUAGGUCGUCUACUCGAGUAUGCUCGCGAGUGGUGCGCGCAGCGGCGAACGGCGUUCACGGGUCAUUUGCUGCUGCGAGCCGUCUUCCGCGUCCAUUAUCCACCGUAUCGGUUACGUUCGCUGCUGCAGGCAGCUGGUUAUAGAGCAGAAGCGAUCGACAACCUGAAGCACGCACUCAUUGCGUACGCAGAACGCCAGGCUCGCGAUCUACUCCGGAUCCAGGAUGCCUUGCAGUUACUUCCGUAUGCGGAAGCACGCUCAGGAUUACCGGAGCGGUUCACAGGUGAUGGCACGGGGGAGGCAUCAGCGGUUCCUGAGCGAGAGCUUGCGCGUGUCCCGGAUCCGUACGGAUGCGCAACGUAA